AUGGCACCCGCCCCCGCCAUCACCUUCUCAGAGGCGCUGCACGACUACCUCCACCGCCCGCGGCAGAUCACCUCCAAGAUCUCCCUUGCGCCCGUAGACCUGAAGUGGGAAGGCCUAGCCCUCGUCCUCUCCCUCUUCUUUGUACUCCUACACGCAAUUGGCAAAAGGCGCAAUAGAGCCUUGGCUCACAAAUGGGUACAGCAGGCAUUGCCCGUCAUUGAAAAGGAGUUUGCUACCACCGCAAAGGACAGUAAUGGAAAGGGGGAGCUACUGCUGUGGAAUGGAGGAGAUGAGGCAGUCCUCUAUGCCAGUGGAAGGAGGGGGGUAGAGAGUCUACACGCCCACUUCCACCUCACCCCUCGACACGAUCCCCUCCUCUACGUCUACCACACCCUCUACGAAUUCGCCCUUGCCUCUCCCAUCUCCGCCGCUCGGGAUCGUCUCACCCUGACAUUCCAGCUCCCUCCCACUACCGAGAACCUCUCUGGUGUCUUUGCCCUAGUGGACAAGUCCGUCCUGCAGUCCCUCCGCAAGUCUCGUCCCUUUGAUUUGAGCUUCGGUCGAUUGCUAGACCUGCAAGAAGGGGAGCGAGAUGCUCGUGGACUGAGCUCACAGUGGGCCGUCAUCAGCGAGACGGCAGAUCUCACCGAUGGUUUCCUGGGUGCGGUUGGCAAUUCGGGAGAAGAGAGGCGAACGAAGUUGGGUGUACAGACGGUACUCAAUUCGCCUGCUGGGAAGUGGCUGGAGAGUUUGAUCAUCACCGAUCUACCUGCCCAGAGGCCGGACGAGGAACGUGAGCCACCACCGCUCUCGACGUACCCGCGUCUUCUCAUCCUCAACCUACGCGUCCCCCGCUCAUCUUCCGACGCAAGCGCCUCUCUCCCCCUCCUCAACCUCGCCACCAACCUCCUCGACGCCCUCGACUUUUCCCUCAUCAAACCCACCUCUACCUCUCUCACCAAGAUUCGUCGCGCCCGUACCGAAUUCGAAACGGAGCGACAGCGAGAACGCGACCGGGGGAAAAAGGAAGAGGAGGAAGAGGCGAGAUUGAAGAGAAAGAGGGAGGCAGACGCGCUCAAGAUGGAAGGAUUGAGUGAAAAGGAACAGGCAAAGAGGAAGGAAUUGGAGGAAAAGAGGGCCAGGAGGAAACAACAGGGAAAGAUGAAGGCAAAGGCUUGA